ACUAGGGCGAGCCAAGGUACCACGACUAGUCUCGGAUUGUAAAUCCCUCAGACAUGACGAGAAAGGAGGAGAAAAUUUAUUCACCCUAGAAAAUUUAUUCAUGCAAGAAACUCACUUUCUCACCAGCCAGAAGAUAAAGCGCAGAUGUCGAGCUGGGAAUAAAGUGCAUGGAUGUACAUUUUACAGCGCGAUACUGACUUUAUCAUCCGUCAUCGCCGUAUUUGCGGACUUUCAGCUGGAGAACAGCGGAAUUCAAUGCCUUGUGCGUGUUGAGUAGAGCAGAAUACCCGUGCUGCAGUUAUUGGCCGUUAUGCCUUACUACUGGAGCCCGUGUAACAGGUGUUACUUGGGCAUUUACAUGUAUGUCAUUUAUUAUUUACUAGAUGCACAUAUGAGCUGACACCGUCUUUUCUGCUCCUGUUGUUAUAAUUGCAUAUUUAUUAAGUAUGUAGAUUUGUGGAAGCUGGCGUGUAGUACUUGCAUAUAUGCUAUUUUGGUCUUUGGAGUGUAGAUAUGGGAUAUUGACCAUGAGACUGCUAAGCUUUAGUACUGCAACACAAGUGUCAUUGCAUUUGGCUUUCUUUAUACCUUAACUGUCAAGAUCCACUGAAUUGUAGCCUACCUCGUGUGUAGCACACUCUAUAGCGCCAAUCUAGUGCACUUGGUACUCUUGGUACUGCAUAAACACCUUCCACAUUUGGUUAAUCACAUGGCAAAGAGUAUUAUGUUUUAUGUUAGCGUGGAAGCUGCUUCAUUUUAAGACUGAUGGGUGCUUAUAGUUUUGACCAUCACCACCACCAUGGGCUGCAUACAGAGUGUGCGACCAAGGCCGAAAUUUUAUGAAAACUUCACAGUCCUUGACCUGAACACCUCUAUUGACUCUAACCCCACUGUCAUCGAUGAGUCGUCCAGUGUGGUGCUGCGUUACCGCACACCCUACUUUAGAGCUACCGCACAGGUGCAGGUGCCACCAGUGGUCUGCAAAGAGAUCUGGACUGUGGGCUGGGUCCAGGCAUGCAACCAAAUGGAUUUCUUCAAUUACUAUGGCCAGGAAGGAAUAUCAAGCUGGGAGCUUCCUGAGCUGAGAGAUGGACGCAUCCAGGCCAUCAGUGACUCAGACGGUGUGAACUACCCAUGGUAUGGCUGCACUACUGAGAUGUACACCAUUGUGGGGCCCACCAAGAGGAGCACCACCCUCACCGUCAGCAUGAAUGACAACUUCAGUCCCAGCGUGACCUGGAGUGUCCCCACAGGUACCACCAGCAGCCCCCCGCUCCUCAGCUCCAUCCAGAGGGACCAACGCUUCACCACCUGGCUAGUGGCCAUGAAUGAAACGACGGCCGAGAUGGUGCUGCUCAGGACCAUUCACUGGAGGAUGCGGCUCGCUAUCGAGGUGGAUUCACAGAAGCCUCUCGGUCAGAGAGCCCGUCUGCUGGAGCCUCUCACUCAGGAACAGCCAGAGAUCCUGGCCAAGAAUGAGCCCAUCCCAUCUAAUGCCUUGGUCAAGCCCAAUGCCAAUGAUGCUCAGGUGUUAAUUUGGAGGCCUAAAAAAGGGGAGCCUGUUGUGGUUAUCCAACCUAAGUCUUGACUCAGAUGGUCAUGGAAGUGUACAAAGAUCACUAGAUUGCACAUGAAUGUUUAAGAAUGGAUUGUUUUAAAACUGAAAAGAGUCACUGAUUUACACCACAAAUUAAAAUGUUUUAAACACUUCUGUCACUGUCUUUAAACACAUCCCAGUGUUUAGCUGAACUGCUGUAAAACAGAUAGCAUCACUCCUAAAAUCUGAUUGGCUGAUCCGCUUUUGAAGCUGUUGCAAAAUGCUCUAUAUCCACACAUUUAUGAUCGCUAAUUAACAUCUAUAUGAAUACUAAAUAUUGUGCUGUGAAUGGACUGUUAUCCUGCUAUAGGUUAUAUUGAUAGAUGAAGUAAGAAUAUGGUUUGGUUAAAAUAAAGGGCUGACCACUUAUUUUCUUAACAGCUAAUAUAAAAUGUAGGAGGCUAAACAGGCUAAAAGAUAGCUAACAGGUUAAUCCACCGCUGCAUUAUUAUUCAGUGUUAGGCUAUAAAUUGAGGGGUUUACUUAAAGAUUAUAAAAAAGUGAAGAAUAUGCUAUCUGAAUAUCAUACAUGCUUCAAAUUUCUGUGUUUUUUGCUUACGGCAAAAUAAUAAAAAUAAUAACAAAACUUUUAAAAAGCUUAAAACGUUAUGUAUCUUUAUUAUAUUGUUGCCACUUAUAUUAUAUUAUAUGAAUUAUAUCACGUAUAUUAUAUUAUUAUUUUAAUUAUAUCACUUAUAUUGUUGUCACUUUUAAAAAGCAAUAAGCCACUUGGCAUGCAGUACAGUGAUUUGUAUCAUGUGUCAGAGAGUAAUAACACCCCUUCCUUGACAUAAAAUCAUAGUAAUUCACCUCCUCAUAGCUUCAUAGCUGUACGAGCAGGUAAACAUUCGUGUUUAAUACCUGAACAACAAUAAUGAUUAUGAUUACAUAUGGAACUGUCAUCUUUUAACAGAGGUGUGUAUUUGAUUUGUAUUUGUUUUCAAAAAGUGGAACAGCUCAACUACACACUGUGAUGUGUUUAAAAAGUGCCCCAGAAAAGUGUUCAGACCUUAAAUAUUUGGAUUUAAUGUGUAAAUGUUAAGCCAUUAAGCAGUAUUCUCAAACAAAAAUAUGUGCAGCAAUCACACAUAUCAUGGCCUUAGAUGAACCUCACUCUGCAUUGAUGUUUUGCCUUAUGUUCAAUAAUGAAGCAUUUUUUUGGUAUGCAGUCAUUUUGUGCAUGUGAUGUUGAAUUCCGUAGGACAGAACGAAUAGUAUAAUGUGAAAUUUCCUGUUCAGUUUACACUGGUGUGGUGCAGAAGAACAUGUGUUAUGUUUUAUUAGUUGGAACUAGGAGUGGCCUAAUUUUGAGCUGAGAAGGUGCUAACUUGUCUUUUAUUUGUUUUAUUUUAUUUAUAAGUAUGUGGUGAUAUGAUAUGAAGCAUUUUCAUUUUGGUGAGCAUCUCACAAAAUGUGCUCAGGUACUUCAUCAUGUUUUUUUUUCAGGGCAGGUAGUCAUCAAGAUGGGUGAAUG